UCGACGUUAACGGUCGGUUUGUUGGACUGAGAUUUUUCUGCGGUUUUUUUUUUUAGCUUAAACACCAAAGAGCAAAAUGCGUGAAUGCAUCUCCAUCCACGUUGGACAGGCUGGUGUCCAGAUUGGGAAUGCCUGCUGGGAGCUUUACUGCUUGGAACAUGGCAUUCAGCCAGACGGACAAAUGCCCAGUGACAAGACCAUCGGCGGAGGAGAUGAUUCCUUCAACACUUUUUUCAGUGAGACUGGAGCUGGAAAGCAUGUCCCUAGAGCUGUUUUUGUGGACCUGGAACCCACUGUGAUUGAUGAGGUGCGGACUGGGACGUAUCGCCAGCUGUUCCACCCUGAGCAGUUGAUCACUGGCAAGGAGGAUGCAGCUAACAAUUAUGCCCGUGGACACUAUACCAUCGGCAAAGAGAUUAUUGAUCUUGUUCUGGACAGGGUCCGCAAACUGGCUGACCAGUGCUCUGGUCUUCAGGGCUUCCUGGUGUUCCACAGCUUCGGCGGUGGGACUGGCUCUGGUUUCACCUCACUGCUGAUGGAGCGCCUUUCUGUCGACUACGGCAAGAAGUCAAAGCUGGAGUUUUCCAUCUACCCAGCUCCCCAAGUGUCCACCGCUGUGGUUGAGCCCUACAACGCCAUCCUGACCACCCACACCACCCUAGAGCACUCUGACUGUGCCUUCAUGGUAGAUAACGAGGCAAUCUAUGACAUCUGCCGUAGGAACCUCGAUAUCGAGCGUCCUACCUACACCAACCUGAACAGGUUGAUCAGCCAGAUUGUGUCCUCCAUCACUGCUUCGCUCCGCUUCGAUGGUGCCCUCAAUGUUGAUCUGACAGAGUUCCAGACCAACUUGGUGCCCUACCCUCGUAUCCACUUCCCCCUGGCCACCUACGCCCCCGUCAUCUCUGCAGAGAAGGCUUAUCACGAGCAGUUAACUGUAUCAGAAAUCACAAACGCUUGCUUCGAGCCAGCCAAUCAGAUGGUGAAAUGUGACCCUCGCCACGGCAAGUAUAUGGCCUGCUGCCUUUUGUACCGUGGCGAUGUGGUGCCCAAAGAUGUCAACGCUGCCAUUGCUACCAUUAAAACCAAGCGCACCAUCCAGUUCGUGGACUGGUGCCCCACCGGUUUCAAGGUCGGCAUCAACUACCAGCCACCAACUGUGGUUCCUGGUGGAGAUCUGGCCAAGGUCCAGAGGGCUGUGUGUAUGCUGAGUAACACCACCGCCAUCGCUGAGGCCUGGGCACGACUCGACCACAAGUUUGACUUGAUGUACGCCAAGCGUGCAUUUGUUCACUGGUAUGUGGGUGAGGGAAUGGAGGAGGGUGAGUUUUCUGAGGCUAGAGAGGACAUGGCAGCUCUAGAGAAGGAUUAUGAAGAGGUUGGAGUUGACUCUGUUGAUGGAGAGGGAGAUGAGGAAGGUGAGGAGUAGGUUCAUUGCAAUAAAAUCAUCAAAGUUACGCAAGUUCGCUCAGAAGCACUGUUACAUUGUUCUACCAAAUCUUGUUCCAAUAUUCCUCUGGAGCAGUGUGUAUAUUUUUCAACUUUAAAUAAAUGUGUUUGAAAAUGUGGUGUUUUAAUGCUAUGUGAGAGUAUGUCUGUGAAGGUUCUCAGUCAUCCAGGUCAUCGUAGUCAAAGGAGUUUGUAAAGAAAAGCGUCUGGACUUCUUUAAGUUGCUUGAAGACGUUUCACCUAGGCGGUGGUUUACGACACCAACUGUCUGCCAUCUAUAAUCCAGUUUUGAGUUCCCUCCCCAGACACCUUAAUGCCCACUCACAUCCUGGGCCAUCUGACCUCAGGAAUUCACAUGACAAGGUGGGGCCAGGUUUCACAAUGAGCACACCCGAAACCCUGGCUGAUUAGGUCCCACACCCGCUUUUACACCUUGGCUCAUGUGAUUAGAGGAUCACCAGGGGGUCCUUUGUCCCUCUUUGGGGGGAUACUCCCACUUGGUUUAAAUCUGGGACUCUCGGCCAUUUGACCUUAGAACUGAAGAAGCUUCUCGGAUGAGAGGUGAAACAUCUUCAAGCAACUUAAAGAAGUCCAGACGCUUUUCUUUGCAAACUCCUUUGACCGCUAUGUGAGAGUGUAACAUGGAGACAUGACCACUUUGUUUUGUAGUUUUGUUCUUUCAAUAUCAGCACUUUCUUUUAUUAAGGUGCUGCUGAUCUUUAAUAAAGAGUA